AUGGAGGUGGUGGACUCUUGCGUUCCACCUGGUUUCAGAUUCCACCCCACCGAGGAAGAGCUCGUCGGAUACUACCUUGGGACGAAGGUGGCUUCUCAGAAGAUCGAUCUUGUUGUCAUUAAGGAUGUCGAUCUCUACGGAAUAGAACCAUGGGAUCUCCAAGUUUCGUGCAGACAUGGGCAUGACGAGCAAAGGGAGUGGUACUUGUUCAGCCACAAGGACAGGAAGUAUCCAAGUGGAACUCGCACCAACAGAGCCACCGCUGCUGGAUUCUGGAAAGCAAUGGGGCGAGACAAACCGGUGAUUUCGAGCUCCCGAGUCAUAGGGUUGAGGAAGACUCUUGUGUUCGACAAGGGAAGAGCUCCAAAUGGGAGGAAGACCGAUUGGCUCAUGCAUGAAUACCGUCUUCAAUCUAGUGAACUUGCAUCUUCUCAGGAAGAAGGUUGGGUCGUAUGUAGAGCAUUCCAAAAGCCAACACCUACUCAAAGGCCAUGCGCCAGCAAUGUUAGUGCUACCUACAACAACAGUCUUGAAACCACAGUGAGCAUGAGAGGCAACUUUUGUGAUGAGAGAGCUGUUGGGUAUAGCAUCAUUCCACGGGCGGAGAUUCUUGAAGGUGAUGUUGUAGGCAGUGAUGAGACGAGUGCCGGUAAGAAGAGAAGCAACCGUAAUGAGCAUAUGAUGGAUUGGAAGGUUUUGGACAAGUUGCUCUCCUUGUCACAGUCUAAUGAAUCAAGCACAGCAUGUUUUCUUCCACAGUUUGAUAGCUCAUGA